AUGAAGAUUAAUGUGUGGGAAGCCGGCGAUUCUGAGUUAGGCCAAAGAGGGGCAUCUGUCGCCGCUAUUGAAGAAUUUGAUGGUGAUAUCGCGGUGGAAUCCGAGUUGCCAGCAUCAGAGGAUGAAAAAAACGAUGUGGAUUCACCUGCUGACCUCUCUGUGGAGACUUUGGAUGAAAAUGGUAAUCCCUCAGUUCAGUGUGUAGAAGUAACCGAAUCUAUGAACUCUGUUGUUAAUUUUCUGGACUCGAAUCAUGAUUCUGUUGUCUUGGAUAACACUACUGUGUUAGUAAAGGCUGAUGUUGAUGACAUGGUUGAUGAUUUGAUUCUAAGUGAUGAUUUGAGCAGUAUGGUGGUUAAACCAGCCUGUGACAGUGAAUAUUUUGUUGAGUAUGAUUCCACUCAUGAUGGUGAAAUGAAAUUAAACGAAAGUGAUCCUGUGGUUGAUGUCAAUGCUGGUUCACGUGAAUUUUUGAAUUCUUUAAUUGGUUCAAAUGGUGGCUGGCUAUCCGAAUUCGAUCCGGGAGGAUUAGAACUUUCUGUUGGUGUGUUUAGUGCUUUGAAAGACUGUAAUUAUAUGCCUGACACUUGUAUGAACUGUAAUAUUAAUCAACCUACUGCUGGAGAGUUUGGUUUACUAGUGAGUGGUUUUAAAGGUGGAACUAUUGCUUCUGAAAUGGGAACAAUGGUGGAGAGUAGAGUAUUUUGCCUUGUUUUGUGUAGUAAUUCUCAAUAUGCAGUUAGAGAUUUGGGACUGGUGUAUGUUUUCAGUGCUAAGAGUUCAAUGGUUGUUGGAUUUAGUAAUUAUGUGCCUUUGUUUAAUGCUACGGAAAUGUUUUAUGUAAAUGGUCAUGUUAUCUCUGGUUGCAAAAGUAUGGCUGUUGAAACUAUCAUGGCACGAGAUCACAGGAAGAGGGGUGACUUAGUUGAACUCAAAAAGAAUAGAGAAGUACUUUUUGCCUGUUUUAGUAACUGUUAUUAUGUGAAUGGUAUCACAGUGGAGUCUGAAUCUAUGUUUAUAAUCGAUAACUUUCCACUUAAGUAUUUGGGCAAUUAUUCUUUUGAAUUGCUUGAGCUGUCAAAGUUUUGUGAUGCUUGGCCCUGGUUUGACUCUUUUAUGAAGAAGAUGAAAAUGUUUUGCUUUUGGGAAAUUUCCUCAAAAGAUUUUAUCCCGGAGUUCCACGUAUCUAAAGUUUUUGAAGUCAACCCCUUGUUUUCUGCACAUGCCAACCAAGAGUUGGUUACUGGCGUUGCAACACAUGCAUCAUCAAUUGGUAAUAUAUCCUUCACUCCUUAUAAAACAGGGGAGAUCCUUCAACGAAAUGUUGGAAAGUUCCUGAAUGUUGUUGAUGAUGGUAGGGUGCUGAACUUGCAUGUUAACUGUACUAUUGUUGAUCGUCGGUUUACUAUGAAAUUUCUUCAGUUAUUUGUUGGGUUGGAUAGUGUUAGUGGCUAUGAAACUAUGGGAACUCUAAAACCGUGGGUUUUGAUGAUAACAUGUUUCAAAGGGCGAACCUGUUUCAAAGAUAAACAAAUGUUGAAUCCAGUCAAAACUUCUAAUGUAUUUUUUUAA